CAAUCGAUCGCUUCAUCUAUCAUUAAUGACGCCACCACGUACACAUUACGUAACUUUCCUUCCUACCCACCAAUAUAAUGCUCUUACUCGAUCCGCCAUGGCAGCCUUUCAUUUCGAUCUCUCCAUCUCCAAAAUUAUAUUAUUCAAUAAUAAUUCUCUCUUCACUUUUCUGCCAACAUCUCCUCUUACACCUGCAGCACCCUACCACGUGUCUAGCUUCAAUUCUUGUCGCCGUCAGCCGCACUCGUUUCUUGAAUCUCCGAUCACUGCACCGCCGUCGGUCUCGCUCGCAGUCCGGCACAACAAGCUAAGAAGUGUAUCAGUUGCAUUGGGUCAGACAAAGGAGUGUGUUGAUUUGCGAUGGAAGGAAGAAGAAUGCAGCUAUGGCUGGUAUGUGUGUUAUCCUUUUCGCUGAUUCUUGUCGCAGUUGAAGGGUUGUUUGUCAACAUUACAAUUCUCAAAAGCGCCGUGAAAACAGGAGCUGUUUGUUUGGAUGGGAGCCCACCGGCUUAUCAUCUCGACAGAGGCAUUGAUAAUGGUAUCAACAAUUGGCUAAUCCAAUUAGAGGGUGGAGGAUGGUGCCAUAACAUUACAAAUUGCCUUGCUCGAAAGAAGACUCGUUUAGGAUCCUCCAAGGAAAUGGCUUCACCACUAGCUUUCUCUGCGAUUUUGCACAACAAACCUGAAUUUAACCCAGAUUUCCACACAUGGAAUAGAGUCAAAAUCAAAUAUUGCGAUGGUGCAUCUUUUACCGGUGAUGUUGAGAAAGUCGACCCGGCUACCAAUCUUCACUUCCGAGGUGCAAGGAUUUUCCCGGCCGUCAUCAAUGACUUGUUGGCAAAGGGAAUGAAGAAUGCCAAAAAUGCUAUUCUAUCCGGAUGCUCAGCUGGGGGAUUGGCUACAAUCUUACACUGCGAUAAAUUCAAAGAGCUUUUACCAAAGACUGCUAAAGUAAAAUGCUUUUCGGAUGCCGGUUAUUUUGUUAAUGUGAAAGCCAUUUCAGGAAAACCAGUUUUUGAAGAGUACUAUAAUGAUAUUGUUAAUUUACAUGGAUCUGCUCAGCAUUUGCCCAGAUCAUGCAUCGCAAAGCUAAAACCAAGCUUGUGUUUCUUCCCUCAAAAUGUGGUUUCAGACAUUAAGACACCACUGUUCCUAAUAAAUUCAGCCUAUGAUCAUUGGCAGGUUAGAAAUGCCUUGAUUCCUGCCGUCGCCGAUCCCUCCGGGGAGUGGAACAAGUGCAAGGCCGACAUAGUUAAUUGUCUGCCUAACCAACUCAAAACUCUCCAAGAGUAUAGGUUGGAGUUUUUAAAAGCAUUCAACGGAUUAGAACCUUCCAAGGAAAGAGGGUACUUUAUCGACUCUUGCUAUCUACACUGUCAGACUGAACUGCAGAUGUUUUGGCACAUGCAUAAUUCUACGAGGUUGUCUAACAAGACGGUGGCGCAAGCGGCGGCGGAUUGGUUUUUCAACAGAGAUUUGUUUCGGAAGAUAGAUUGCCCUUAUCCCUGCAACAAAAGUUGCACCAAAACGGCCACUUUAUUAUUGGACGACCGUGAUCUAUGAUCCAAUAUAAUCAUAUUUUCUUCAUAAUUUUAUACAAACAUAUAGAAGGAAAAGUAGUGCUACAAAUAAA